AUGCAGGGAUUACCAACCGAGCUUACCUCAUUCCUGACGACAUUGCAGAUACAAAUCAUGAAUGUGCAAAACAGAACCGACCAGUUGGAGCGACUUGCAGCAGAGAAUGCAAGACUAACCACUGAAUUAGACCAUGCUAGAACAACAAUUGCUAAUCUGCAGAAGCAAUUAGAAUCCCAGAGUGCACCUGAAAAUUUUUUUUCAGAAAUUUCACUUUCGAACUCAGCUGGCGCAGUAGGUCCUCAUAUCAACAACAAAGAACCAGGUCUGAAAGCCUCUACUUGGGCUAGUAAAGCCAGUGUUUCUCUUCCUGCAAUUGUACCAAAAGUGUCUACUGUUCCCUCUGCUCGCUGA